AUGACUCCGUACGCCUCCAGCCAGUUUAUUGCAUUGGUGACGUUGUGCUGCUGGUGCUGCUUGCUUCGCUAUCAACCAUCGGCAGUAGUGAAUGCCCAACAGGCGAUCACACUGAGCGACAUGGAUGAGAUCGCCAAGGGGAUGCGUAAGAUAUGCUUGAACAAACAUAAGAUCUCUGAAGAAAUGGCCAACUAUCCUGGUCAGGGUAUUUUUCCCGAUGAUAAAGACUUUAAGUGUUACGUGGCCUGCUUGAUGGAUCUUACGCAAACUUCUAAAAGGGGAAAGCUCAAUUACGAGGCAGCCGUGAAGCAGAUUGACAUGCUGCCGCAGGUGUACAGGGAACCGUUCCGGCUAGGACUUGACUCUUGCCGCAAUGUAGCUGAUGGUGUUGACGACAGAUGUGACGUUGCCUUUACGCUGCUCAAAUGUUUCUUCAAAGCUAGUCCUAAAUUCUUUUUCCCUUGA